AUGGUUGAGUACAGGGAACUUGACGCCUUGGUGCUGUCCUACACACACCUGAAGAACCUCCCACGGCAGGAUGACGCCCUUCGGACGCUCAAGCAGAUCGCCUCUUUGGUGAAGCCGAUCAUGAGAGCUAGAGGAUGGAAGGUAUCGCAGCUUAGUGAAUUCUAUCCUGACCAGCAAAAUCUGCUCGGACUGAAUGUAAACCGGGGCCAAAAGAUCCUAUUGCGGCUUCGCUAUCCAGGCGACAGAACACAGUUCCUCCCGAUCGAGCAGGUUACCGACACGAUGCUUCACGAACUCUGUCAUAUCGUACAUGGGCCACACGAUGGCAAGUUCCAUGCCCUGUGGGACCAGCUUCGUGACGAGCACGAGGGUCUACUCAUGAAGGGCUACACCGGCGAAGGCUUCCUCAGCAAAGGACACAAACUUGGAGGUGGCGGCAGAGUACCGAUGCAGGAGGCUAGGAGGCUUGCUCGUGCAGCUGCUGAGCAACGGUCCCAACAAGCCACUCGAGAGAGAGGAUCUGGCCAGAGACUGGGCGGAGCGCCGAUUCAACGGGGACAAGACAUACGAAAAGUCAUCACGGAUGCGGUGGAGCGCCGCAACAGGGCAGAUAGAGGAUGUGGGAGCACCAAUUACUCAGACAAGGAGAUUCAAACCCUGUCAGAGACCGCGACCAAGAACGGCUUCAGGACACAGGCCGAGGAGGAUGCUGCCAACGAGGCUGCCAUCGCCCAAGCAAUGUGGGAGCUGGUGCAAGAGGACGAGAAGAAGAAACAUGGCGACAACUACGUUCCGCCAAGCGCACAAUCUCCUGGCGGAAAUGGCGGCGGUGCGUUUUACCCAACUUCCGGUGGCGGACCAAGCACGACGAGUACGCCGCCGCCGGUACCAACAUGGUUGCGACCGCCCGCCCAAGGAGACGCGAAGCCUUCCGAACCAGUCAAACCCACCUCCGGAACCCCUCCUGUGGAGAGUGGAUGGACAUGCGGCACGUGUACUCUGCAUAAUCCCCCGAGCUUCCUCAGCUGCGAUGCCUGCGGCGCUGACAGGCCGACCCCCACGGUCGGACCAACCGCUCCACCUCCAACCAAGGAGUGGACAUGUGGUACUUGUACCCUGUUGAACCCGCUCACACGUCCAGCCUGUGGUGCUUGUGGCACUGGAAGGCCAGCAGGCGUGAACCCCAGGCAAACAGACGAGAGAUCUUCGAAACGACCUCGAACCACGCCCGUGGCAGCGCGAGCCGCCAGUCGACCUGGUCGUCCCUUGAGCAGUGCUGAUCUGAGCCAUUCGAGGAUGGUCUCUUUCAGGAACAGCAGCAGUGGUGCGAGCAGCAAGCCUCCACCUGCACCCAGCGGCCCGGCGUUUUGGGAAUGCUCACGGUGUGGGAAUGUCGUCGAGCGGCAGUGGUGGAGUUGUGGGAAGUGUGGAAAUGUGAAAGAGAGCUCUGCAUGA